AUGUGGUCAACAUCAGAAGCAGAAGGCAGAAGGCAGAGGGCCAGGGCCGCCGCUCGUCGAAGGAGCGACGAGCGGUUGGAGCAAUUGAGGGCAGCCACAGAUGAAGCCCAAGUGGUAACUACAGAAGUUCGAGCGGCCACUUCUGAAGCGAGAGAGGCGAAGGUGGACCUUGUUCAGGCCACCUCAGAUGGGCAGGCGACAAAAGCUCAGAUGGAAGCUGCAGCGUCGAAUCUUCGAAAUUUGAUGGAACGCAUUCCAGAGUCAAGGGAGGAAGUCGCCGAGUCGGCUCCAUACGUAGAUCCGACUCCUCCUGGAGAGGCCAACAUCGAUGCCACCAGGAGGCGACUACAGUUCGGAGAUCCAUCGGUGUCGGGGGAGUCCGUGGCACCAUCAGACACAGACUCGACGCCGAAAGACACUGCAACUCCCGCAGCGACUGCAGCAGUCCUCCCCUCAAGUGGCUCACUCGUUCCAUCUGACACAGAUUCGACGCCACCCGCCUGCUCAUCGUUUGCGGCACCCGCCUCCACCCCCACCACCACCUUAGUAGCUGCACCGAUGCUCUCCGACAGUGGCUCAGCCAUGUUGUCGGUCUCUGAUUCCACUCCAUCGGGCUCCCAAGGUGGUCCUGCUACUCCACGCAGGUCACCAAGGCUUAAAGAAAAAGCGGAGAAGUCACCGCCCAGGACUCCAGUUAAAUCUCCAGCAUCAACGAGGAGAAAAAGCCAAGAC